AUGGCCGAUCAAAAACCAGUCAAAUGGCUGGUUUUGAUACUAACAAACUGCCUGUUCUUCAGCAUUGCCUUCUCUGCCAAAACCCAAUUUGCACACAAGACUUACAUUGUCCAAAUGGACAAGUCAGCCAAGCCAGAAUCUUUCACCAAUCAUCUAGACUGGUACUCGUCUAAAGUAAACUCAAUUGUCUUCAAACCAGAAAAUGAAGAAGAUGGAGGUCAUGAUCAAGAAAGGGUAAUUUACGCUUACCAGAAUGCUUUUCAUGGAGUUGCUGCUCGGUUGAGUGAAGAAGAGGCUGAGCGGCUACAGGAGCAAGAUGGAGUCUUGGCUAUUUUCCCAGACACAAAGUACCAACUCCACACUACAAGGAGCCCUCUGUUCCUUGGGCUUGAACCACAUGACAGCACCACCAAUGUAUGGUCUCAAAGAGUCACUGACCAUGAUGUCAUAGUGGGUGUGCUUGACACAGGGGUCUGGCCUGAGAGCCAGAGCUUCAACGACACCGGCAUGUCGCCGGUGCCGGCUCACUGGAAAGGAGCUUGUGAAACUGGCCGAGGCUUCUCCAAACACAACUGCAACAAAAAAAUUGUGGGAGCAAGAAUCUUCUACCAAGGUUAUGAAGCUGCCACAGGGAAGAUCAAUGAGCAAACGGAGUUUAAAUCACCUAGAGAUCAAGAUGGCCAUGGAACACACACUGCAGCUACUGUUGCUGGCUCUCCAGUGCGCGGUGCUAAUCUUCUUGGCUAUGCUCAUGGGACAGCCAGAGGAAUGGCACCUGGUGCGAGAAUUGCAGCUUAUAAAGUUUGUUGGGUUGGUGGUUGCUUCAGCUCUGAUAUUCUAUCAGCAGUUGAUAUUGCUGUGGCUGAUGGGGUCAAUGUGUUGUCUAUUUCUUUGGGUGGUGGAGUGUCAACUUAUUACAGGGACAGUUUGUCCAUAGCUGCUUUUGGGGCUAUGGAGAUGGGGGUUUUCGUGUCGUGCUCAGCUGGAAAUGGAGGACCAGACCCUGUUAGCCUCACCAAUGUGUCCCCUUGGAUAACCACAGUUGGUGCUAGCACCAUGGACAGAGAUUUCCCAUCUACUGUUAAGCUUGGAAAUGGCAGAACUGUGACUGGGGUUUCACUCUACAAAGGCACAAUGAUGCUGUCAACAAAUAAGCAAUACCCUGUUGUGUACAUGGGCAAUAAUUCAACAAGCCCUGAUCCAAGCUCAUUGUGUUUGGAGGGAACUUUGGAUCGGCGUGUUGUUGCUGGGAAAAUUGUGAUUUGUGACCGAGGGAUUAGCCCCAGAGUGCAGAAGGGACAGGUGGUGAAAGAUGCAGGAGGAGUAGGCAUGAUUUUGGCAAACACAGCUGCAAAUGGAGAGGAACUUGUUGCAGAUUGUCAUCUUGUUCCAGCAGUAGCUGUAGGAGAAACUGAAGCAAAAGCAAUAAAGCAUUAUGCUUUAACAAGUCCAAGAGCCACUGCAACUCUGGCAUUUCUUGGGACGAGAACUGGGGUUAGGCCAUCUCCAGUUGUGGCAGCAUUUUCAUCCAGAGGACCCAACUUUGUGAGCCUUGAAAUUCUCAAGCCGGAUGUGGUGGCUCCAGGGGUCAACAUUCUUGCUGCUUGGACUGGAGCAUUAGGUCCUUCAAGCUUGCCAACAGAUCACCGCAGAGUGAAGUUCAAUAUAUUGUCCGGGACUUCAAUGUCAUGCCCUCAUGUGAGCGGCAUUGCUGCUUUGCUCAAGGCUAGGCACCCCGAAUGGAGCCCCGCAGCAAUAAAAUCUGCCUUGAUGACAACUGCAUAUGUUCACGACAACACGCAUAAGCCUCUGCAAGAUGCCUCAGCGGCUGAGGCUUCGACGCCAUAUGAUCAUGGCUCCGGGCACAUAAACCCAAGGAAAGCUCUUGACCCAGGUUUGGUUUAUGACAUUGAGGCUCAGGAUUAUCUUGAAUUUCUAUGUACACAAAGGCUAACCCCAAUGCAGCUCAAAGUUUUCACCAAGUACUCAAACAGAAGCUGCAAGCACUCUCUGGCCAGCCCAGGGGACUUGAACUAUCCAGCAAUCUCUGUUGUGUUCCCAGAGAGAACCAAUGUUUCUCUUUUGACCCUUCACAGAACAGUCACUAAUGUUGGCCCUCCGGUGUCGAAUUACCAUGCCAUAGUUUCACCAUUCAAAGGUGCUUAUGUUAAAGUGGAGCCACGGACCCUGAAGUUCACCAGAGCCAAUCAAAAGCUGUCUUAUAAAAUCACCUUCACUACAAAAUCUCGGCAAGCAACUCCUGAGUUUGGAGGGUUGGUGUGGAAGGAUGGAGCGCACAGAGUGAGAAGCCCAAUUGUUAUCGUGUGGCUGCCUCCACUGGCCAAGAAGUUCACUCAUCUGUUGCUCUUCAAGUGGUUUGUUACCAUUAUAAUCCAGCUUGCUGCUAGUGCAAGUGAUCAACUCUAG